CAAAUGACUAACCUCUUCAAGUGAUUUUAUCAAAAAUUUGUAUAAAUUAUGGAAAUUCGCGGCUUGUGUGCGAGUUAGCAGGCGUUUUUUUGACCCAUUUGGCCCCCAAAGUGCGUUUUUAUCAUGUGAAUGCAAGCUUGAGACUUGAUGGAAAUCGUGCCGUGCCCCAAUGAAGAAUAAGAAUUUCAUCAGGUUUCUGUUCGGAAUAAUCAUAGUCAGUUUGUUUUUGAUUAUAUUCAGACAGCAUAAGCCUGAGACGAUACAGAACAUCGUUUCUACAACCCACCAACAAAUCCGCAAUUUCAAGGACACGUUCCGAGAUGUUGACUCGAAGACGCUUGCCGCCGACGAGAAAUAUCUGACUUUGUUGGGGUUCACAGACAGCCCCCGACUGUAUCCACAUGACAUCUGGAGGAACACUUCACUGCCAGUCAUUGUCACGUAUGUUAUGGAAGGGCAGGAAAGCCAAGCUGUGGGACUUAUUAAUAACGUAGGAAGGGUUCUGCCAAACAAUACAAUUCUAGUUUAUAACCUUGGUUUAGGAAAUUAUGGCCUAAAAACGCUCUUAAAUUAUUGCAACAACAGCCGAUGUCAGGCCUUGACGUUCAGUUUGGCCAAUUUUCCCUCGCACGUGGACGAGGAGAGCAUACGGGCCUACAGGCCCCUUGUCAUCCAGGACGCCCUCCAGCGCACCGGCGCCGUGUUGUUCCUGGAGUGCGGGUACCGCUUUUCGCGGCACUUGACCCACGACGUCAUCAUGGACCUGUUUGAGAAGCGGGCGAAGUCCCAGGGCAUCGUCACGUGGCCCAUGUCGCUAAAGAACCCAGUUUCGAGUCUGACGCACAAGAAGAUGUUCCAGUACUUCCACACCGACGCCGAGAAUUUCCUUUUCUUGCAGAUGGUGAACGCGGACGUGCUUUUGAUCGUCAACACGGAGUCGGUGCACAACGAAAUCAUGCUGCCCUGGGUCAAGUGCGCGCUGACCCAGGACUGCAUCGUUCCGAUUGGGGCGCAGUCGGCCGGGUGUCGCUUCGACAAAAAGCCCCAAUAUCGAUAUUCCGGGUGCCAUAGCUACGACACGUCAGCGCUCAAUAUAGUUCUAGGACUGAAAUUUAACAUGGACGGCAGUCGGUACAUGUUUGACGAGUCGGAGAAGCUCUUCGAGACGGUUGAGUUGAGCAAAGCCGAGGCUCUCUUGAGAGAAUUCGAACAAAAUAUUACUACUGAAGGGCGAUUCAUGUCUUUCGACACGUAA